UUUUUGCUCAGUUGUGAAUGAAGUGUUCGAGGGUUCGGUUCGUUGUAGGCGCUUUCCGCGACGAGAUUUUUGUCUGAUAUUUGGAAAGUCGUGUUGUUUUGCAACGGCCUUCUCGCUAAUAAUAAAAAAAUAUUUUGGAGUUUUUGGCGAAAGAAGAGAGUGCACACCGUUUACGAAGUAAUAAAUUUUGUGUGAAGUACUGCUUGCGGAAUAAUGAUAUAAGUGAAAUUUACUAAAUCGAACCAUCUUAAUCGCAACUGGAAAUCUAAAUAAAAGUGCCGAGUAUUGGAAUAACAAAGUGAAUAGCGGCCAGCGAAAAUUUGAUGGUGGUAUUAACAGUGCUAACAAUCAUAAUAAAGAGAAGUGUUCGAGGCUUUGGUCUCCCCACCUAGUGCUCAACUAAAGCAAAUGUGGCGAAAUUCAAUCGCGAACUCUUACCAAUUAUAAAAUCCUUUUCCCAUAAAAUACAAAAAGAAACCCAGAGGAUUUGAACUGCAACUUGGCAGAAAUUUGAUUCGGAAUAAUUGUCCAGUGUUUUAUAACUAAGAAACCAGUUCUGCGAAUAACCAGAAGGAUUAGUUCAUACUUGGUCGCUCUGAAUAGAUCAAAACGAAACCACCACAACAGCCAGUGAGCGGGAAACACAUAGUUGCAGUAACCACUCUACUACCAAGGUCUUGCAGGCAUUGGCACAAAUUCGCCAACUUAAGACCGUUUUGACGAAAUUAAAAGAUAGAAGGCAAUCACGUAGAGAAACUCUCAAAAAUUGAGCUACGCAAAUUUUGAGAUAGUUCGUGCAUCGAAAAAGUGUUAGUCUCGAGUUUCUUUACCCUCUGGGUACCAAGAGACUGGAUAACUCCGAAAGAUACUGCAGUCUUCCAACUCAUGCUGGCGGUGCAUAUUUGGCAUACCUAUGGUGUCCAAGAGGUUUACUGAAUUUGGAGUAUUUUCCCGAUAGCUGUCGAGUCUGGGGACAUCCUAAGGUCUUCAACGCCAGGGUAGUUCUGCAGGAAUCAUCAUCAAAAGUAGUUGUAGGCAUAAGGUUAGGGUAACUUGCUAAACUUAAGUUUGGAACCUUAUAUUUGCGACUACAGUCACCAGCGAAUUUAUGCAGCGAGUUUUAAAAUUAUUUUAAAAUUUACGCUUGUUAAUAUUUUUUUUUUGUUUGUUGUGGAAAUGAGUAAUUCUAGAUUUCUCUCAAAUCAAACGAAUUUGUAGGAAAUUUAAAUAUAAAAUUUUUCGAAAGAAGCAGAAGUAAUUGAGGUCAAAUUGACGAAAUUUGUGCUGCAUUAAAAUCUGAGGCUUGACAAAAUUCUGCCCAGAAAACGAUCGAAAUUUGCAUAAAACGCAGUAAUGUAAUCGGCUUGGAAAUAUAAGUCACAAAGAUACAAGGACUAAUGUCGUAACUUAACUGUUUAGAAUCAAAAUAUCGAGAGGCUUGUAUUCGCCCUAAUUUAUUAAUAACCCUAAGCACGAAUCAAUCAAAAUCCUCCUCGUAUUAACAAAAAUAUUAUGUACAAAUAUGGCUAUAGAUUUCUUAAUUUUUGUUUUAUUGUUAAUCUCAUUCAUAAUCAAUACAUUAGCCUUAGGUGCAUUUUGGGUGACACCCGCUUUACGAACAACGGCUAACCGUUUCGUAAUUAAUUUACUAAUUGUUAACAUUGUAGGUAGUUUAAUCUUAGCGCCAACCUUAUUUUUAAGUAGCUAUUACGAGGGUAGUAGAGAAAGUGAUUGGAAAGAGAACCAUUUAGCCGUCGGCAGUAGUUCACAAAUAAUUGUCGAAGGUGAGCCUAGCUUACCAAGUAGCCAAAAUCACCUAACAAAACAUGACAGUAUUAUUGAUGCAGAAUUCAGGUUCAAUCCAGUGCAAAACUCCUACAAUAUUGACAAUAGCAAGAGAGCAGCCCAGUUCCCGGUAAUUGAGGAAGACGUUGACAUCACAGUAAACGGUACGCAAAAAACCCGCACCCACUCGCAGUGCAACGGUAGUGAAUGUGAGACCAUCAUAAUCCAAACAGAUAGUGAACGGGAUAAAAUCUUGAUUGCAGAAAUCGAUGAAAAGGAGGAAGACAGUGCUUCAAAUGCAUAUUCUGUCAAUCCAAACCGGAAUAAACCCUAUCGCUGCUGGUCCAUUGACCUGGCAGCAGCACUAGGGGCUCUUUCCGUUCUCCUAGUUGUGGGUGAUACAUGGUGUGCCGUUACUGAUCCUCUUAGGUACCAUGCUCGAAUAUCUGGUCUAAAAGCCUGGCUUCUGAUCGCAACGAUCUGGUUCUGCGGGAUCCUCUUUGGUGUACUCUCAGCACUUCGUGACAAUGUAUUCCCUACAAAUGACCAUGAGGUAACAGAAGAAAUGAUCGAAUAUAAAGACUCCAUCCAAGCCGGUAACAAUCGUAUAUUUGACGAGAAGAUUAUGACGCGACAAUACGAAGAUCGUUUGGUAUCCCUACAACCAAACGAUCUUUAUAAUAUGAUUUACUCAACGUUUUACUUUAUUGUGAUUAUUCUGUUGCCUUUUGGAUUCGUGUGUGGGAUGUAUUGGAGAAUAUUCUCAGAAGCCAGAGAGAAUGGAUUGAGAAUGCGCCAAAAUGGAUCAUCGCCUCUCUUACAAAGUGCAUUGAAUUUGUCAGCCCACCAAAGCCAUGCUCAUCAGCAAAAUGUUCAGAUGGCUCGCGAACAGCGCGAAUCAUCUACCAACAGUGCAAGUGGCUUAACCAUGAAAAUCGACGAAACAGCCAGCCCUCUUCUAGUCACAGUUCCCGUUCACAAACCAAAAAUUAUUAAAGAGGAUCGAAAUCAAAAUGUCGUUCUGGCUCUUUCGCAAAGCGAAGAAGUGCGACGAAAUCAGAGUGCAAACCAUCUUUCAAGUUUAGAUUCACCGCAGAAUUUAGAGGAAGAAGUUUCAAGAAAGAACAGUAUGAGGCAUGUUCACUCAACUCCAAACUUGAAUUGCAAUCCUCAUCACCAUGGUUCCUUUAGCAGUACUUCCGAUCACCCACAUCAUAUCUUCCAUCUUCCUUCCGUUCACGUUCCUCCCAAGGCGUUAAGUUACGUAACGUCAAUCCGUCAUCGACUUUCCAAUGCUUCCUCGCUCUUCAAAUACCGCGAAGAAUCGCGUGCUGCUCGCAUUAGUAUUUUAGUUGUGAUCAUGUUCCUCAUUUCGUAUCUCCCUUUUGGGCUGCUGAUCCUUCUACAGAGUCGCCUUUCCAAUCUAAUCAUAGACUCCACCCAAUUUGCAAUCUUUAUGGUGCUUCUUGCGAACCUCAGUUCGCCAUUUAUUUUUGCCUAUCGAAAUAAGCGUGUUCGACGCGGGGUCAAAAAGAUCUUUGGUCUUGAUUCAAAGUCCCGCGAACGACAGCUAUUUCGGGGUACCGGAGGCCGGUUUUUCCGCUGCGGUACUAAAGCCAGUAUUCAGGUGCGACGUAGUGCCAGCAAGGCAUCAACGUACUCAGUGAAUUCAUGCAAGUAUUUGACGCCUCAUGCCGUCAACAAUGGGACAUUCUUGAUGGAGAUUGAAAAGUGUCAUUAUAUGAAAAACAGCUCCCAGAAGCAGCUCAAAAGCCUUGCAGACCAGGUGAGCUUGAGUGGAGACGUUGAGCGGCGUUCGAUCCUGAAAAGGGUUUGUGAUAGUUCCCGAAAACUGGGCUGUGCCUCUAACUCGUGUACUACUAGUGAUAAUGAACAAACUGACGUCUAAUUACGGGCACAGUUUCUAUUUUAGUUAGUUUAGAUCCUCCAAGAGGAAAGAAAAUGACAAGGUUGGAAUCUUUUUCGAAUGUCUGUUUCCAGAGAUACUUCCGAAAAUAUCUCGAGUGGAAAUUCGGUAAACGCAUGGCCUUACUGUACUGUGAACACUAUGAACAAAUUAUUUAGAAGACGUAGCUAUUACGCAAGGAAGAUAUUUGCAACCCCUCAUUUAUAUUAUGCCAACUAUGGAGCCAUUUGCACAAAAAAUGGUUUUUCUCGUUGUUUUUUAUUUAAAAAAACUCUUGUGUAUUUUCUAUAAGUCAAACCAAGAAUAUGUCAAACGUUUUCAUAUUGAAAAUGGUCUAAUGUGUAUUGUCUUCAGCAUCCAAGCAUUUUUAUCGAAAAUAAUCGCACUUUUGUACAUCUCACAAGAAAUUGUAUAUUUUUUGUAUAUUUAAUUUUAUUUACAUAAGACCAAAGCCAUAUGUGUCAAAUUAUUUAUACAGCUUUGGAAGUUGCCUAUUUAUUAAAUUAUUUCUAAUGUAAUUUGUAUAAAGACCGCAAUUAUGUAUUGGAGAAGCAGAGAUUGUAUUUGCAGUGAUAUGAGAAUGCAAGCUGAAAAAAGAAAACACGAAUCAAAAGAACAAAUUUGGAAAUUUAAAAAUAAAAAAAAAUAUUUUCAAGACAAAA